AUGACGACGACGACGACUUUGACGACGACGAGAACGCGAAACGACGCGAGUUCACCAUCGACAUCCGUUCUUCAGUUCUCGUCGUCGUUAAGAAGAAGAACACGAAGAAUUGGCCUCCGCGCUUCCCCCUCCUCCUCCUCCUCCUCCUCCUCAAAGAACGAGACGGAUGAAAGAAAUGAGACGACGACGACGACGAUUGAAAACAACAACACUUCCAAAUUGCAACAAACAGAAGUCAUCACUCGCUUGUGGUCCAACGUGAACGAAAACGAGGGGUACGCGCACGAGUCUGGGUCGGUUUUCGGAAACGCGGCGUUGAUUGCCGGAACCACGGUUGGGGCCGGCGUGUUGGCGCUUCCGGAAAUAACCGGGCCGAGCGGGUUUCUCCCGAGUUCAGAAGUGUUGGUCGCGAUGUGGAUGUAUUUCGUGGCGACGGGAUUUUGCUUGGCGGAGGUCAACUUGGCGACGUUAUGCGCGCUCGGGAGUUCUAAAGAUGGGGUGAGUUUGUUUUCAGUGACGCGUUCGACGCUCGGGAAUGGUGGUGCUUUGGUGUUUAGCGCCGCGUACGUAUUCAUGCACGAGUGUUUAACCAUCGCGUGUUGUUUAAAAGGGGCGGAGAUUUUGUCGAGCGGGAAAUACGUCGCGGAUGUUGGAUUCGACGAAGCGGUUUUAGUAUUUGGUGGUGCGAUAGGUUUGUUCGUGGCGCUGAGCAACGAAAAAGUUUUGGAUUUCACCAAUCGAUUGUUGGUGCUUUUUAUCGUUAGCGCUUUGAUCGGGUUGGUGAGUUUGUGCGUCGGUGAAGUAGACGCGGCGAAUUUGGAGAGAAGUGAUUUUAGCGUGGUAGGCAAUACUAUCCCUGGCGUAGCGGUUGCGUUCGUGUAUCAAUCCGUGUUGCCAUCCGUGGUUUCCUCGUUGGAGGGCGACGUGCCAAAGAUUAAGAAAGCGACUAUUUUAGGGACCGCGGUGCCGUUGGCUAUGUUUUUGCUGUGGAAUGCGGUCGUUUUAGGUGCUUUAUCCGGAGAAGAUUUAAUGACUUCAGGAGUAAAUCCGGUGGAUCUGUUAGCCUCGAAAAUCGAAAGUGGCUACGGCACGGUGUUAAUCGACGCGUUUUCCUUUAGCGCCGUGGCGACGUCCUUCAUCGGAUUCACCAUCGGAUUGAAAUCGUUCAUCGCGGAUGGGUUACGAUCGGUCGACGUGAAAUCCGAACCCAUAUCCUACGCGUUGACGUUAAUCCCGCCGUUAACUUUCGCCAUCACCUACCCCGACGUCUUCAUCUCCGCCAUCGACAACGCCGGAACGUUCGGCGUCAUCGUCAUCUUUGGCUUGUUGCCGCCUUUAAUGGUGUACAGUUAUCGAAAAUCUGCCAAAGAAUUUGAAUCUAAGAUUACCAUGUCGACCGAAAUGACGCGACAAAAAGCCUUGAUCGAUACCAUCGCUUUACCGGGUGGCGACUGGACCUUAUUCGCCAUCUUUGCCUUUUCCGCGUGCGUCAUUUUGCAAGAGCUCGUCGAACGCGUCGGCGGGUAA